AUGAAUAUGCAGAGAGAUCAUGCUCACACGUGCUCGCAAGUGUUGGAUCAUAGAUGGCUCACGUCCAAGUGGCUAGCUGAGCGUUACAUGGAGAAAAUCAAAGCGAAUCCUCACAUUCCAUUGGCAGCUAUACGGCAGUGUGUGGAUGAGGAGUUCGGGCUGAAAGUUGGUAGGAUGAAGGCAUAUCGCGCAAGAGACAGUGCAUUAGAAGGUAUCUUUGGCAAGGCGGGACUCCAAUACCGGAGACUGUUAUACUACCAAUCUGAAUUGGAACGGACACACCUUGAUUCGAGUGUGCAUAUACACUGCGAGAACUUCAGGGAUCCUGAAGUUGUAGGCCAGAGAUUCUUGAGGUUUUAUUGUUGUAUUGGGCCUUUGAAAAAUGGUUGGAUGCGUUUUUGCCGUCCAAUUAUCUUCUUGGAUGUCUGUUUCUUGAGAGGUAUGUACAAAGGCCAACUUAUGACGGCCAUGAGAAUUGAUCCAAACAACGGUUGGUGGCCUAUUGCGUGGGCGGUGACUGAGGCAGAGAGCUAUGAUCAGUAUCCAAACAACGGUUGGUGGCCUUUUGCAUGGGCGGUGACUGAGGCAGAGAGCUAUGAUCAGUGGAAAUGGUUUCUCGCCUACCUAUCAGAGGACCUUCACAUACAUGAGAAUGCCCCAAGAUACAUCUUCAUGUCUGAUCAGCAAAAGAGCGAGCAUCGCUUCUAUGUUCAGCACAUAUACAACAACUUCAAGAAGAGAUUCAUCGGGGAGAAUUUUAAGGAAAUAUUAUGGGAGCUUGCGUCGAGUACAACCCACGAACAGUAUGUGGAGCGGAUGGAUGCGUUGCGGAUUAUAUAUCCCCAAGCACAUCAAUACCUACUCGGUGUUGCUCCAAAAGAAAAAUGGGUGAAGACAUAUUUCUCUUCACAUGUUUGUUGUGAUGUUAUCCUCAACAAUAUCUGCGAGACCUUUAAUUCGAAGAUAACAAUUGCUCGAGAGUUGGCCAUUAUCACCAUGUUGGAGGAGAUCCGGACGAGUCAAAUGGAGAGAAUUCAGAUUAGAGGCCAGUGGAUCAAGACAUACUAUCACGCACUGCCGCCCGUUAUCAAUGAGAUUGUGGAUAAGUUGUACGUGAUGGCUUCUUCUUGGAGACCAACAUGGAACGGAGAGGAUUCGUACCAAGUGUCGGGACUAUCAUGGCAGCUGACUGGGAUCCCGUGCACUCAUGCCAUCGCUACAAUCAACAAGAAUGAGAAGGAUGUAUCAGACUAUGUCUCCCGCUAUUAUUUACGGUCCAUAAUGUCGAUUCUGUACGAGAAUGUCCUGUACCCAAUCAAUGAGAUGGAUAAUUGGCCCAAGACUUCUGACGUUGGAUUUGAACUGGCGCCCCCGAGGACAAAGCGACAGCGUAGACGGCCAAAGAAACUGAGGCGUGAAGAGCCCCGGGUUCGUCAUCAUGAGAAUGGACCUAAGUCACUACGACGAACCUUUGUACUCAGAUGUCGUCGGUGGGGACAAGAUGGUCAUAACAGGAGAACAUGCACCAAUGAUCCCCGUGUAGAUGCUCGAACCGAAGUUGGAUAUAGUUCACAGCCCAGUGAGCCACCCACGACGGAUGGCGGUGACAGGGCUGAGUCGUCUAACGUGUUUCAAAAUCAAGAGGUACCAUUCAGUACAAUUAUAUGA